AUGGCAUCUUCAGUACCAGUAUUUCGUUCUACAAAGGAAACCACUAACUACGCAAGGCUGUGUCGUCUUCUGGUAGAUGUUGGGUCACAAGUCCUAAGACAGAAAUUUGACAGUAUUUGUCCGCCAGCUACCCUAAACAGUUAUUUGUCGAGUCCUGCAGUACAAACAGCCCUGAGGAAGCUUAAGGCGAGAAGAGUUUUGAAUCCUUCGCAAUGGGACAAACUGUAUCCGCCCGUCAGCACAGUUUCAGUUUCAUCAAGGGACUUUGACAUCACCCUGCUAAUGGUUCUGUUGAGAAACAUCUGUGGUUUAACCACUCCAGCUUCAGGGUGGGACAAUCUUCCGCCUGCUACAGAUUUAACGCCCGAAGCUGAUAUUGCUCGUAUAAAGUGGUACAGAAAUACAGUGUAUGGUCAUGCCAGUCAAGCCUCAGUUGAUGAUGCCACCUUUGCAAGCUGUUGGACGGACAUUAAGGCUACUUUGGUAAGACUGGGAGGGGCGACAUAUGGACCUGCAAUCGACCUUCUCGAAAAUGCGGGUAUGGACCCUGUCAUUGAGGAACACUACAAAAACCUUCUGAAACAAUGGAAAGUGGAUGAACAUAUCAAAGAUGCGCUCAGUGAGAUGGUGGAGAAGCUGGAUGAACUGAAGGCGGCGUUGCCGCAGCCGACAGAAAAGUCGACGCUGAGCGAAAACGGUAAGUUAUGACCAAACUAUGACGCCAUUAAUACACUCUACAUUAGACUUAUGUUUCAGAUUGGCAAUGUACAAUUAAUGUCAGGUCCUGAGGUACACCUCAUCAGAGACAAAGAAUCAAAUCAAAAGGUAAUCCAAGAGAGUCUUGGAUUCUAGGGUGCGUUCCUUUGGGAUGAUCUGGAUCAGGGUCAGUGAUCCGAGAUCACUCGGAACAUGGUAGAUCAAAUGAACCGAUGAAUCCACUCUGGACAAGGAUUCAUCGGAUCAUUUGAUCUACCAUGAUCCAAAUGAUCUCGGAUCACUGAUCCUGAUCCGGAUCAUAUCAAAGGAACGGACCCCUAGAUUCCACGCUGUGGAUUACGGAUUUCAGGUACUAAAUUUCAAAUUCCUUCUUGCCAGCGGAACUUGGGUUCCGGAUUCCAAUCAUUAGCAGGAUUCCAGAUUCCUGAAGCUGAAUUCCGCAUUCCAAAGCCCAGGAUUGCGGAUUCCGCAAACAAAAAUUUCCAGGAUUUUGUAAUCCUGAUUACGUUACAUGGGGUGAGAGAGUAUCGUUAAAUCUAACUACAAAGCGAUAUUAUGAGUAUUGAUAACGUUUACUGCAUUGCAAGCUGAUAAGAAGUGUUUGUGACUCAUUUAGCCGACUCAUUCUUAGCUCGAUAACAGUCGUAUCUGAAAACAGCAAAUUUGAUUGGCCUUGCGUACUUGUCAACUUUCUGCACUCAGUGUUGCGAUUUUGCACAACGUUUGGAAUCAACUGUAAAGCAUCCCACCAAUCAGAUUGCAGAAAGGUUUGUAUCUAUGUUAGCUCACCAAGGAAUAUUUAAGGGCAAAAUAAUUCAUUUCAAUGACCCAUUUUACUUGCAUACAGAUCCAAUCUUCGUUCAAGAGUGUCAAAGGCAGCUGCGCUCCCACUAUAACACUACCAUGAGCCAGGUUAGAAUCACCCCUUGGGAGAAAGAUAGCAUUGUGAACAUCGAAGAAGUUUACACCAAAUUAUCCUGGUGGAGACAUGUAAAGAGACCCAACGGAACAACCAAUCAGGAAAUUAACGACUAUACCGAGGUAUUCAAAGGUUAUGGACGUUCUACCAGCCCUAAAAGGAUACUUGUCUACGGAAGGACUGGUAUCGGAAAAUCGACCUUUUCUCAGAAAAUUGCCGUCGACUGGGCGAACGAAAAGGAAGAAGUCUUGAAACGGUUCGAUGUUUUACUUGUGGUAAGGUUGCGAAAUGCGUUGGAUGCCCAAGACAUGCCUUCUUUAUUAAAAGCUUCUGACCUUUUUGCCGUUGAUGGAUCGAUUUCAGCUGAGAGCGUUUAUGAUUACGUUCGCGGCCACCAAGAAAGGGUGUUACUUGUAUUAGAUGGCUACGACGAGUACAGUGCGAAUGCGACAUUGAUUCGUGAGAUUUGGCGAGGGAGACAGCUAAGAGAUUGUCACGUGUUAAUAACGACCAGGUCACUGGAGGGCGACGAACUUAUUAUCCCAAGCAAUGUGCUGUAUGAGAUCAAAGGGUUUGUCCACAAGGAACAAGUGAACGAUUUUGCUGGGAGGUUUCUCGANACUUGCAUACAGAUCCAAUCUUCGUUCAAGAGUGUCAAAGGCAGCUGCGCUCCCACUAUAACACUACCAUGAGCCAGGUUAGAAUCACCCCUUGGGAGAAAGAUAGCAUUGUGAACAUCGAAGAAGUUUACACCAAAUUAUCCUGGUGGAGACAUGUAAAGAGACCCAACGGAACAACCAAUCAGGAAAUUAACGACUAUACCGAGGUAUUCAAAGGUUAUGGACGUUCUACCAGCCCUAAAAGGAUACUUGUCUACGGAAGGACUGGUAUCGGAAAAUCGACCUUUUCUCAGAAAAUUGCCGUCGACUGGGCGAACGAAAAGGAAGAAGUCUUGAAACGGUUCGAUGUUUUACUUGUGGUAAGGUUGCGAAAUGCGUUGGAUGCCCAAGACAUGCCUUCUUUAUUAAAAGCUUCUGACCUUUUUGCCGUUGAUGGAUCGAUUUCAGCUGAGAGCGUUUAUGAUUACGUUCGCGGCCACCAAGAAAGGGUGUUACUUGUAUUAGAUGGCUACGACGAGUACAGUGCGAAUGCGACAUUGAUUCGUGAGAUUUGGCGAGGGAGACAGCUAAGAGAUUGUCACGUGUUAAUAACGACCAGGUCACUGGAGGGCGACGAACUUAUUAUCCCAAGCAAUGUGCUGUAUGAGAUCAAAGGGUUUGUCCACAAGGAACAAGUGAACGAUUUUGCUGGGAGGUUUCUCGACAGCGAAAGGGAGCUGGAAUUAUUUGUCUGUUACCUUAACGAUGAGAACCUCUGGGACUUAGCGGAGAUUCCUCUUCUUCUUUUGAUGCUUUGCUUGAUUUGGAAGAACAGGUAUGUCAAAAAACUGCCAACAUCCAAGUUGGAACUGCAUGAUAGAUUUGUCGAGACUUUGCUUUGUCACAUGAGCUUGAAGAAUCCCGACAGCCCGCCGUUGAAUAACCAAAACGUCUUGCAUGCUUUCAGUGAAGAGAUUACCGUCCUAGGAAAGUUGGCGUUUGAAGCUCUUUUGAAAAACUCCGUAUAUGUUGAUCUUGAAAACCUUAAACUUCAAAGUGAUGGCCUCGCCGACAAAAUGAUCCGCUCAGGUCUCUUUCAAUUGUCGAAAAUAUCAAGUCCAGAUACUACCAAGACCAUAGUAUUUCUUCACAAAUCAAUCCAGGAGUUUCUGGCGGCAAGGUAUUUGAUGAACACGCUGAAUGUAAAAGAAAGCAAGAUUCCCACUACUGUCGCAGGAAUCAAUUCAUUUAGCAAGGCCUUAGAGAUGAAGGAAAUACUUCGAUUUCUGUGCCAGUGGUCCACGGAAGGAGCAAAAGCAGUCUUCAACCUUCUUAGGUCUCUUGGAGAAAAGGAAUGUCUGACAGAGUGCCAGUUUUCUAAGACGCCUUCUUUGGACGAUCUGUCACUGCACCAAAGAUUGUUGCGGGAUUUAAGUUUGGAGUGUUUAAUCAGUUGUUCGGUGUCAUCCAGGCGAGACAUCUAUCCUUUGUUUCUCUCUGCCACAGAUGGUGUUAUAUCAGUGAAUAACUAUAACAUCGAAAACGUUGCCUCGCAGCAUCUACUGCAAUCUUCUCCUUUACCGAACUAUGUGUUUUUCGAGCAUGGCGACUUUGCUAACCUUGUUUCCAUAUCUCAAGAUGUAGACGCUGUAGUUCUUACCUGUUCUGCCCUUAAAAUCAAAGCCUGUCAUUAUCUUCAAAUGUGUGAAGUCUCGGCCUUUCAGACGGAACACUUCUUUCUAAAACGUAAAGGGGACAGGCUCUUUCUUUACUUCACUACAAUAUACAGGACUUUUCGUCGCAACUAUUUAGAAAUGCUGAGGGACCUUACAUCGGCAUUGUAUGAGUCUAUUCCGAGAGGAACGCGGAACCUUGCUGAGCUUCCUGAAGGUCACUGUUUUUCAUUAGUCAGAGAAAUUGAGGUUUUCGUUAUGUGGACAAGUGAAGAGUUAUCGUACAUAAACGACAUGUUGUCUGUUGCAGUUUCUCCGCAAGACGUCAUUAUAAAGCACAUACGAGUGGAAAAUGAUGUUGUAUCCCACAUCAACUUCACCGAAAACCUUGGUAGAUUAGUUCUGUACGAUCUUGAAAUGUCAGACGGCGAUGUUGCUCUCUUAGCCAGUUCAAUUCGUCAAGCGCCCAACAUGUACUCGUUGAAAGUGUCCCGCUGUCCUUUGCACGGUAGUGUAAGAAUUUUGGCUGCAAGUCUUCGCCAUGUUCCACUAUUGACGUAUUUAACUUUGUCUCGAGUCCGUAUGGAUGAUCGAGAAUGUUCACGUUUAGCGUCUUCAUUGAAGCAUGUUCCUCGGCUAACAGUUCUCAAUUUGUCCAACAAUCCACUUGGUAAAGGAAUCACUGACCUUGCUCGACAACUGUAUCGCAUACCUGAUCUGCAACAUCUAAGCGUAGAAAAAACAAGAACAGGUAAAAAAGAAGCUAAAGCCUUGGCUCAAGAGCUAAGAUCAGUGCCAAGACUACAAACCAUUCAACUAGGAUUUAAUCCAAUCGGAAAAGGGGUCGGUGAUCUCGUGCGAAGUCUUCAUUACCUUGAAGAACUACUACAAGUGGACCUCAAAGAUGUCAAAAUGUCGCACGAAGAAGUUGAUGCUAUAUCGGACGCACAACGUGGAAUAUAUAUAACCUCUUAUCACGUAUGUUUUUCCUUUUUACGAGGGUAUCUUAAGUUACUUGCGGUAGUAUCUUGCGUAGCAGGUGCAUGAAAAAUUUGGGGAUAAAAGUUAGAGCGGCGGCGCUACCUCUAUCCUUUUGCGUGUUCUCGGUUGUGCAUCGCUGAUCUCGCUCUCCUGUGCAACUGUUGCGUAAGCUAUUGCUGCACAGCCCCAUACAAGGUUAAAGAAAACAAAUAUCACCAUUAAAUGGUAAGGAAGGGGGUAUUAUAUAGGGCGUUGUUACCAAGUUAUUGAAAUUCUUCCUUGAUGAAUAUGUUUUGUCGCCCUCCCGUUUCCUGACUCCAGAUGUCUGCAUCGGUUGGCAUGGAAGUGUUUGCGAGGUGUAUCAACUGAUUAUAUAUAGCACACCUGAAUAUGGCGCGAUUAGAUCUGAAUUCAUGAAUUCUUAACUGACCCGUGAUAUCUAGAAAUGAAGGUGAUAUCCGUUGGGUUAUGACAACUGUCGCUAAAAAAAAUUGGUUGCACGAAUUCUUGUGCAUUAUCGGUUAUCGACAUUUCGAAGGAAGUGGUGAUAUUACACUACAUUCCACUUAAGCAGGUUGCAGGGUCGAGAUUUUGGCCAGAGUGUUACAAUGAUAAUUAAUCAGAAUUAACUUUCCUUACAGUGGGAUUAAUUCUUAAAAUAUGUCUUCCUUUUCAGCAGUGUUAUGCCACGAGUUCUUAGCAUUCAUUCCAAAUAUUAAACGUUUGUCUUGCACGCUUAAAAAUUUUGUGCCCUAUAAACAAUGUAUUUGUUUGUCGAUAAGAGUUUUCAAAACUAAGAAUGUUACGCCGUUAAGAUAGAAGCCGGGGAUGGAGGGCUUCUCUUAGUUUUUUUUCAUUUUUUUUUUUUUCAAAUGGUCCUGGCUUGAAAUAGUCGGUUUAAAGUAUAAUCACAUGACCCACAUUGGGCAACCAAAACAUACAAGCUAAAGAGGUCUAUCCUUAAAUUUCGUGUGCUGUUAGAUUGGCAUAUGUAAGUACAUCUGAUUAACACACUUCGACUGUUUUAGGACCUCCAGGGAAGACCCAAGAAGAAAGACGAUUGGCCCAGAUUUUCUGAUCUGCAAUACAAUAAUGAUGACGAUGAUGAUGAUGAUGAAUCAUUUAUUCUUGGUGGUGAUGAUGAUGAUGAUGACAGAAUGUUGGAUCGACUGUAA